AUGUCAAACGAUGGAGCAGAGAAAAUUUCUCAGGUUCUCGAUUGUGGGCCACAAAUAAAUAUUCUAUUCUCAGCCCCCGAUUUCACAGUGCCUUCCCCAGAUAUUGUCAAUAAGAUAGUAAGCUCCGACAACACCAUCUUUAACUGGGGUGGCGUGAAGAUUGCGAGAAUAUCUCCUGAAAUUGUCGUCAAAUUCGGACACCAUGUCACAUUGAGCGAGGCGAAAGACAUGAUGUUUGUGAAAGAAAAUACAGACACUCUACCAGUGCCCAAGAUCUUUGCUUGUUACUCAUACUACGGUAGCCUAUUUGAUACUUAUAUAUUUAUGAGCUUUGUGGAAGGCCAGAGCCUCGAUAAAAUCUGGGAGACUUAUGAUGAAGACAUAAAAAAACACGUAACCAACCAGCUCAAGGAAUAUCUCGGCGAACUUCGCAAGAUCAGUGACGGUAAAUAUAUAGGCUCGGUUGGUCCCGGCCCCGUUACGGAUCCGAUCUUGGAGACUUAUCACGUCCAAGGACCGUUUGACUCCGAAGAAGCUUUCGACAACGCAAUUAUCGAUGCCUACCAGUCCAAGGCGCCAAAAUCUCAUAUUAAGAAUUUCUUGUCUGGUAUGCUGUGCCAGAAAAGACAUCAGAUCGUGUUUACCCACGGUGACCUACGCCUCCAGAAUAUUAUGGUCAACAAUGGAUCUGUCAGCGGGAUUCUGGAUUGGGAGUUUAGUGGCUGGUAUCCCGAAUACUGGGAAUUUUCUAAAGCUCUCUAUAUCUGGAAGUGGCAAAAUGAUUGGAGUGACUACCUAGUACAUAUUCUUCAACCAUAUUAUGCUGAAUAUGCCGUUCAUUCGUUCUUGACUGAAACAUUGUGGUAA